AUGCAUUUGAAAAGAACGGUCGCCGUUGGGCUGAGUCUGGCAGGAACCACAACCGCAGGUGUACUUAAACCUCGGUCGACACUCAAAUGCAAUGCUGACAAUUGCCUGCGAGCCAUACGUGCAUCCCAUAUUCCAACUCGCCUAGCGCAGGCAUCUAUCGACUGUUCUCAGUUUCUAGCUGGAAUUAUCGGCGGCGGCGGCGAGGAGCAGCAUGCUACAUACACAAUCACAGAAUCGGCCACCGUAACUUCUGUCUCAACCAUUACUCUCCCAACAACUACAACCGACGACUUCCACACGACCCAAACCGCUACCGCCGGGUCGGAAACAAUCACUAUAACGGUUCCUCUACCUGGCGGACAGACUGCCAAAAAACGGCAAGCGACCAUAACAAUCCCAGCUUAUGCAUCCUUAUGUUCUGGUCCUGUCCGAUUUACAAGUGCUUGCGCUUGCAUCGGUGUCGCAAGUGUCCCGCCCGCAGAGACAUGUUUCCAUACGAAAACAGUAUCAACAACGAUUACAAUCCCGGCCACCGAAACAGUCUACACUACCGCCACAGAAAUAACCACAUUAGCAACUACUACAACCGUUACUCCUCAAGAAAUCGUAAAAUCGGUUUAUCGCUACAGAGUCCGUACUUUCGACGGUACCAACGCCGCAUAUCUAAAGGCCCUACAGGGUCCUGUCUAUCUUGUAGAAGAUAUCGCAGAAGCGACCUAUUUUACAUCAAGUACAGGGCUAGGAUCAGUAUAUAGUGCAGAUGAAUUGGAUCUAGCGUUACAAGCAUUCGGGGAUGGAUCGAACCUCGCGUAUGUUCAAAUGGACGAUACUGAUUUGAGCUUUCAGUAUUUUCCAAUUCAGUGCGAGGUAAAGCCAGGUGGGAAUAAAUUGGAUUGCCAGCAUGGUAUUAGUAAUGUCUUUGGAAGAAUAGGGCAGAAUUUGAUAUUUGGCCCUAGCGAUAUACAGGUGGACGCUCUCUUAGAAUUGACGGCUGUUGCGUGA